AUGGAGAAGGAAAAGCAAUCAGAGAAUGCAAGUUUGCAAGACCUCUUAAAGCAAACUUUGUCUCGGGUCAACCAGUUGGAAGACAGUUUGAAAAAUGUGAAACAAGUUCAAAGUCUUCAGGGGACUGACCAACCGACACGUGCAGAGUCUGAGUUGCCAAAGAAGCGUCCUGUACCUGACAAAGACAUGAAGAAGGCGACCACUGAUGAAGAGGACGAGGAUGGGGGGACUGAUGGUUCAGAAGAAGAAGAGGACGAAGAAGACCAAUGGGUCAGGACUCCACAAGGGAAGGUUGAGCAGGACAUAGUGGAUCGCUACAAAGCUGGAGGAACUGACAGAGAGGAGUUGGAGAUGGCUCUACUAGAGAGCAUAUCGAAAUGGGGCUUGGACAGGAGCAACUACAAGAAGAUUAAGGCUGACUUUGUGAUGCGAUGCAAAUGGGUGAGGGAACGGAUGGAAGACAAAGAGCAGGAGGUGCACGGCAAGUGGUAUACAGAAGAUGCUCUGAAAAAGUCUGGAAAAUUCAGCCCGGCAAGUAUCAAAGCCAUGGUGGCUUACUGCCGACGAUUUCCAGAAUCGUUGGUGAGAUGCUGGCGGUACAAUGAGAAUGUCAGCGAAUACUACAUCAUCGACGAGGACAAGACCCUCCACCGCAAGGCUGAGAGGACGAAGGAAACGGAGGCUCCUGAGGGUUUGGGCAAGAAUUUGGUGGCUCUCCCGGACCCGAAGCCAGCUCCAGAGGUGGUUGGGUCUCAGGUGGGGCACCAUUGCAGUUUCAUGUAA